GUUUCAAGCUCUGUCUCAGAGCAGAAACAAGAUUUUGCUGUCCCAAGAAGCCAGGAUGGCAACAUCACUGCCACUCUGCACGAUCCCAGCACUGCUCCAGAGAAACCUAAAGGAAAGGCCCGGGUGGUGUUCACAGAGAGACAGUUAAAUAUUCUUGUCCAUCAGUUUAAUUUGAAACAUUACUAUGACCCAAGAGAGAUGAAACAGCUGGCAGAGAUGACAGGACUGACUUACAAACAGAUAAAAACUUGGUUUCAAAACAGACGGAGUAAGUUUAGGAGGAGGUCACAUCCUCAGCAUGUGAAUCAGGGCGUCCCACUUCAUUUUCAGGGAGAGGGGCAGCCCCCACUCAGGCAGCAGUACACCCAGCACCUGGAUGUAAACUUAAUCACAAAUGGUGCAAAUUAUCAGGGCCCCUAUCCUCAUCCUGUGGAUAAUUUUGUGGCUGGACCUCAAUGGACCUUCCCCACCUCACCACAGACGCUUGGCUGGUCGAUGCCACCAGGCAACCGCAAUUAUGAAUUCAACCCCGGUGUAUGAAUGCACAACACAACAACUC